CCAUCUUUAAGUCUUGAAGCUCCAACUUUGCCUUUGAAAGUCGAGGAAAAUGACGACUACUGUUCUAAAGCAGUUGUUGAAGAGUUUUUGCACCAAUUCACCUUGGACAUACGCUAUGCUUUGGAAGCUCAGGCACUCGAGCCCCAUGGGGUUGACCUGGGAGGAUGAGUACUGUGUUUAUCCAAUACCAACAGAGAUUCUCCCAUCACAGUUUGAAACGAGCAUCGAUGACUGUUAUUUUUUAGGGUUCCCAAUUGGCCUAGUGGUGCCAAAUAUAUUGAAUCUUAAGUAUGCAUGGGGAGAGGGGGUUGUUGGUAUAGUGGUGUCGUAA